AUGGCAAUGAAGAGCGUCAAUAUCUCAAAGCAGAAGCAGGAGGUCUCUGUGCCGAAACCCAUUCCAAGGAAGAAUCCCAAGAAACCACUAAGUCCAUGUCAUUCUAAUUCGAUUAUUACUACGCCUUUGCAUAACCAAAGCCAAAGCCAAAGCCAGAGCCAAGGAGAUGAGUGUAAAAAUACUCCUCCAGUUCAGCCGUCGGUGUCUCCAGAACUAAUAAUAGAAUCUAAAACCAAAACUCCCGCUUCUACUUGUUACGGAGCAGGCAACGUCCAUGUCCUUUCUGGCGUCUCUGACAAAAGGAAGUGCCGUCCUACAGGCCUUCUUCUUGCUGCUCCAACUGCAAACAAUCUCAAUAAUUGUAAGCUUUCUUCGUCUUCUUCUUCUUCUUCUUCUUCUUCUUCCUCUUCUUAUUGUUUAUUCCCACCUUUACCUGCUCAAGCUUCAAUGCAUUGGCUUUCAUCACCUUCUACUGAGACUCUCUCUGUCCUUUCAUCAACUUCUAUUGAGACUACUACUACCACCUCUGAACAUAUCUCUAUCAACUCCCCUGCUGCUCAGACUCACUUUCAUGAAUCCUUGGAGUUGGAGGACCUUUUACCUUCUUUUAGUUUCAAAGCUUGUCAUCUUAACUCCCCAUUCUCCACAGAUUCUGAUCCUCAUUCAUUAGGUAGCGGAAAUGUAAUUUGUACCCCUGAAUCUGACAACACUUGUGCUACAUAUGCUAAGAAAAACAAGGUCGAUUCUCAGCUCAUCACUUCACUCGCUGAUGCUCUUCGGAUCUCAACCUUAAUGUCUCCCAACACCAUUGAACCACCAAUCAAAGAUGAGAACAACGAAACCAACAGCAUUGCUUUCAGUAGUUUCCAAUUUGAUUCCAUUACUGCAUCUUGCUCGACACUGGGGAAUGAGAGGUUAUCAUGGAGAGAAGAACAAGGAUUGAUUUCUGAGAUGGAUGAAUUUGAUUGUUGCGUAUGUUUAUCCGAUGAUGACCACAAUGGCAACUACUCCGAUGACCUUUUCCAAUUUUGUGAAGGUUCUAAUAAUGUUCAUGAUGCAGCUAAAUCUGACUCUUGCUCUCCUAAAAAAAUUUUGGGUAAGGAAACAAGGGUUGAAGAGAAAACUGGUCAAGAAUUAGAAAACUACCCUUCUGGAGGACCCCCUCAAUUAUCAUCUUCUUGUGCUGAGUCCAUAAGCAUCGACGGAGGCAGACUGCUCACUUCUGCGGAUUCAGAUUGGGAUUUGUGCUUCAAGAAGGAUUUGUUCCGAGUAUGA